AUGGCAAAGAGAAAAUCUGAAGUUGAAAAGUUACAAGAAGAUGCAAAUAGUAUACUUCAACCUAGAAGAAGAUCGAGUUUAAACAACAAGGUGGAGACAGUGACAGUGACAGUGGAAGUGAUAGACACUCAGACACAGACUUCAGGCUCUCAAAGAAGGAAAUCUGCUGUUGCACGUCUACAAGCGGAAGCUGAUAGUUUGACAAAGCCAAGACCAUCCAGAAGAUCGUCACUCAAUGAAAAAGAGGAUAAUCAUGAAGAAGAAGAAGAAGAGGAGGAAGAGGUUAGUGAAGAAGAGGAAGAGGAAUUAUUAGCUAAAAAGAAAAAAACAACAACAACAACAGCUAAAAGUAAAAGUAUAGCAAAACCAGCUGCAAAAGUAAAGAAACCAGCUGCUACAACUAGAGCAACACAAUCUAAAUCAAGUCAAUCUGUUGUCAGUACAAGAGGUAGAGCUAUUAUAAAGAAAAAGAUAGAUAUAGACAGCAGUAGUAGUGGUGGUGGUGAGAGUGACAAUGAAUUGUUAGAAAAGAGUGAUGAUGACGACGACGAUUACAAUCCUGAAAGUAGCAGUGAAUCAGAAGAAGAUUAUAAUCCAGCGGAUGAUGAUGAUGAAGAUUAUGAACCAACGUCACAGAGAAAGAAGAGAGUUACAAGAUCACCAUCAUCGUCCACACCAUCGAAAUCAAAGAAAUCAUCUACUCAAUCGACACCACGAUCCUCACAGAAACGAUCGGCUUCAUCGUCAACACCAAAAUCACAAUCAACUAGAUCGUCAACACCCAAGAAAAAGACAACACCAAAGAAAUCGCAAUCAACACCGUCCUCUUCGAAAAAGAAGAGUAAGAAGAGUGGAAAUCAUUCAGAUUCCGAGUCCGACUCUGAUGACGAGAUCAUAGGUGAUCUUCCAGAGACUAAAUUCGAUAAGCUCGAUGUCGAUUCAAUCCUUACACUCAACUUUAUGUCUUCAAAGAAGAAGAAAUAUCAGAUUGCACCGCGUGAGACCAAACAGGAGAAAAUCAAGAGAAAACAACUGGAGAUUGAAAAGAGUAAAAAGGAGGGUGAGGAGUGGAUGAGGGAACUCAGACAGACAUACGAUCCAAAGGAUAUGGAGGAAAUUACACGACAACAACAAAAAGGAUUGAAAGCAAAGGAGAAACAAGAACAAGAAGAACAAGAAGAAGAAGAGCAUCCUAAUGGAAUGGAAGGAAUAGAAGUAACACCAAUAACAAUCAAAGAUAUCAAUAGUAAUAACAAUGAUGAUAAUGAUGAUGUUGAUUAUGGUGAAUUGGAUGAAAGUUUACAAUCAGAUAUGAGUUAUAUUUCACCAAAGAUAAAGAAUAUCAUUAAUAAUAAAUCAGUAAAUAAUAGUAGUAAUAAUAAUAAUAAUAAUCAAGUAAAUGGUAAUCAAAAUAGAUUAAGUGUAAAUAAUAGUGUGGAUUAUGAUGAGUUUGAAAGUAGUCUAGAUAAUAUUCAACAGAGUAUAGAAGAACAAUCACAGAGUGAAAAUAAUGAUAUCGAGAAAGAGAGUGAAAAAACAAUAGAAAAGAAUAGACCUCUUCAACAAUCAAAUGAAUCUCAACCAAUAACAGCAGAACAAGUACAACCGGAAUUAUCAAGAGAAGAGGAACAGAAACAACAACAACAACCAGAAAUAACAACAACAACAGCAGAAACAACAAAAGCAACAACAGAGUGUGAAAAAGAAGAAUCUAAAGAGAGAGAAGACGAAACAGUAAAUGAAGAUAAGCAAAGUGAUAAACAACAACAACAACCAGUAGAACCAAUACAAGACAAUAAUGAGUCGAUUAAAGAAACAACGGCAGCAGCGACAACAACAUCAAAAGAAGAGUUUUACAUCAAGGAGAUGGUAUAUGUUCAGAAUGAAUACGACGUAGGAGAAACAUCGUUACUCAACAAAUUUCCAAAGAAAUCAACGGCCAAACCACAAGAUGAUGGAAAUGUUGAAUUUGAAAGUUCUCAGCAAUCAACACAAGACGAAAACAAAAUACCGAGUACUCAAUUCUGUGAGAAUGAGUAUAAGGAAUAUGUAGAUGCCAUCGGAGGAAUGUACGAACCAAUGACCUUUGAAGAAUACAAAGCAGACAUGAGAAGAAAGUCCGAUCUUAAUAGUCAAACUACAACAUAA